GGCAUCCUGCUCCCAGCGUUAACAAUACUAGCUCAUAGCAAGUAGUUCAUUCGAACGUGAAAGCAGCGACCCCCCGACCAACAAAAUGCCGUCCAAACGAAUGAACACGUACUUCAAGGACAAGCUUCUGGUAUUCAAUUCUGUGCUAGCCAUCAUAUUCGCCCUAGUGGGCCUUUUAGGGGACUAUUGGUGGGAGAUGAAUGUGACAUCAUCAUCGACUGUUGACCUCGGACUCUGGACUCAAGUAACUUGUGGUCAAACACUCUUUGGUGCGGGGAAUUUUUCUACCUACGCUUGCUUCAAAGAUGACAACGAUAAUAAUGGUUGGGUGAAGUUUGUACGAAUUACGACCGCCUUUGGAACCUCCCUACUGGGUCUGGGACUUCUGGUACACCUUGUGUACUUGCUGAAGAAAACCCCAACACUGAAGACAUUUUCAGCUGGGGUUAUGUUUAUUGCAGGAGUCCUAUUUUUCAUCAUCACGUGUGUGAUAAUUGACCGCAUUAAAAACCUGACGAAUGGAUAUUCCGCCAUUCUCUUCUUCCCUAACAGGGACACGAUUCUCCGCCCCCACACCUUGCCCAUCAUGUUCAUGUCCUUUACCUUCCUCCUCGGGACAAUCGUCGCUGUGGGGUUAUUGAUAAACAUGGACUACAAACCGGUCCCGCCCAGAGAUCCCUUCCUAGAGCGCUCAACCAGUGUACAGCAGGCUAAAGCUACCUCACGUGUCUAGCAAAACAAAAAGAAGAAGAAGAAGAUGAUGAUGAUGAAGAACAUGACAAUAGGGACCACAAAAUGACUUCACGUGCAAAGUCCACUUGAUUUUCCCCAUCAAAUUGAUGGAGCAAAGUGAUCAUAGUGAUCAUUGUACCAAUGUUUCAUUAAACUUUUGUCAUAGUCAUCAUAUAUCACAUACUGCUGCAGAAAGAUUAAAACAAGUGUUAAUUUUG